AUGCCAGUGGAACACGGCAAACCACAUGCAGCAGAUAUACCUGUACGGGAUUUGGACGAUCCCGAGGACGACUUGUUCGAUGAGGAUAGAAAUGACUCCCAGUUUCUCGAUCCGCUAGACUAUGAGAACAGUGAUCAAGGUCUUCGCAGCCAACCACCUACAAGGUUCUGGGGCAAGAUCCAGGAGUACUUCAAUGGUCCCAACUCUUGGAAGCCAGGCUCUUAUGAGAUGGUGGAUACUAGUGGAACAAGUCCGGACUCGUUUGAGAUUAGCGAUGGUGAUGGGGAUAGUAAUGACACUCUUAGUGAUGAGGAUGCUAUGAACCAGAAGUUGAGGGAGAUAAAGAUUGCCAGACUUAGGAAAAUGGUCAACUGGGGAGUGUUGGCGUUUUCUUUUCUACUAUUUUUUAUGUGGCUUACCUAUGCAUUCUUUAGGCUGGGCGGUAAGAAGUCUGACGAAGAGCCAAGCACGUUUGAUAACAAGAAUAAACGUGUGCUUUCGAAUUCGACACAUGACUUUUACCCAACGACCAUUCUUGUGUCUCUUGAUGGGUUCCAUCCUCACUAUAUUUCCCCUCAAAGGACUCCAGCGCUUCACAAUAUGAUGGUAAAUGACUAUGGUGCUCCAUAUAUGACACCGGCGUUCCCAUCCUCCACGUUCCCUAACCACUGGACUCUUAUAACUGGUCUUUAUCCAUCUGAACACGGAAUUGUUGGUAAUACGUUCUAUGAUCCAAAGUUGAAGAAACAGUUCGUCAAUACUGAUCCAGUUAAGGGUCUCGAUGCUGAUUUCUGGAAGGGCGGUGAGGCUAUUUGGACUACCACGUUCAAGCAGGGUGUCAAAUCGGCAGUUCAUAUGUGGCCUGGCAGUGAGGUCCCAGGUAUCGGAGAAAACGGGCCCAUGGAAGUGGACAAGUUUAAUGGAACAGAGUUGUUGACGUCAAAGAUUGAUAGAGUUAUGGGCUGGAUUGACCGUGAGGAUAUUCAUAAACGUCCCGAGUUGUUGUUGACAUACGUUCCAACUAUUGACCAGUAUGGCCACAAGUUUGGCAUUAGUGGGCCGGAACUUACCGAUGCUUUGAAGUACGUUGAUGACUUCAUUACUCUCAUGAUCCAGGAAAUAAAGCUGCGUAAUUUGGAAGAUAUCGUUAACCUAGUGGUUGUGAGUGACCAUGGCAUGGCUCCAACAUCAAACGAUAGACUCUUGUUCCUCGAUGAUGUUGUCGACCUUUCAAAGCUCGCACAUAUUGACGGAUGGCCACUCUUUGGCUUGAGGCCAACUGAAGAGUUCACAGUUGACCAGAUCUAUGACGAAAUCAAGGAGAAGUUCGAAAAGCUUGACGAAAAAACCAAGAAAGGAUUCAAUUAUUACAAGGUCGAAGAUUUACCCAAAGAAUGGAACUUUGGCGGCAAUGACAAGGACCACGCUUUCAAUUACAGAUUAGCACCAAUCUGGAUUGUACCUAAUGUUGGAUAUGGUAUAACCACAAGGCAAAAGUUCAAGGAGAAAGGCGAGAAUUAUACUCCAAAGGGAGUCCAUGGCUACAACAACACUGAACUCUUGAUGAGGGCUAUCUUUUUAGGAAGAGGUCCUUACUUCAAGAAGCAAUUGGCCGACAAUAAAAAAGUUCUUCCAUUUGACAACACUAAUGUUUACAAUAUUAUUUGCGAGUCCCUUGACGUGAAGCCAUCUCCCAAUAACGGUACUCUGGCGGAUUCGUUUGUCAUUUCCCAGAACAAGCUUCUUCCUCCUGACUGGAACGACAAUUUGAUCUACCCAGACUUGCCAUACGAAGUCGACCACCUCGUCAAAGAUGCAACAUAUGAUUUGCUCUGGCGCAAACCAAGUGGACGUACCAAAGUCACCACGAUUUCCUUGAGUACCAACAAAGACCCACAACUGAGUCUAUCGUCCGAGGAUUCUAUGCUCAAAGAUUUUUCCACGGAGACGCUACCCAGGCCUAGUGAUUUCGAGCAUCUGACCACAGAUACAGAUAGCGAGUCCGAGGAAACGUCUGAAACAGAGCACUCUGAUGACGACAGCGAUUCGAGCGACUCAGAUAAGGAGUCUUCUGGAAAAGGAGAUGAUGACCAAAGCGCACUCGAUGGUUUUAUCGAUGACGUUUCUGAUCUAGUCGAUGACGUUGUUGGAACCAUUGGCAAUGGUGUCGAUUCGGUGCUCAAUUACUUCGGUGGGGGUUGA